GUUAAAUAAGUCACGAAGCAUCGAGGAUACCGUUUACCAAAAGACUAUAAAUAUGCUUCUAAUCAUUUCGUUGACCAUUCUGGCUCGGUUGAAUUCCGUCCCGAUCAGUUAAGAGGUGGUCAGUCAGCCAAUCGAUUGCAGAGCAUCGACAGGAAGUCAAAAUUAUGAACGUGUAUCACUUGCUCUUCUGUGGCAUCUUUGUACCUAGUGUCCUUGGACAAACGAGGUUCGGUUCCCACAGUUAUACCAAAUAUGAACCUGGUGACAUGAAUAUCAUCAUAACCGCUUCUCACGGGGGGAGGCUGACUCCCUUAAGUCAGGCUAAUGGUGACGACUGGCCAGAUAGGAAGAAUGGCUGUAAAGAUGAAUUCGAGAACUGUAUCUAUACUCACUCAUGCUCUUCAGCUAAUAAAGAUUGCCCCGCCAGAACAUUGAGAGAUAGAAACACCAAAGAAAUUGCUCAAGAUCUUGCAGACAAAAUCAAGGAAAUUACAGGUACUCGGCCACAUGUUGUGUACAACUUGCUGAGGAGAUCAAAACUGGAUGCCAACAGAGAAAUCAAUGAAGCAACUUUGAAUAUCCCAGACGCAAUUACAGCCUAUAACGACUACACCAAUUUUAUCAGCCAAGCAAAAUUGGCCAUUCCAGGGCGUGGCUUUCUCUUAGACAUCCACGGCCAAACACAUCAACCUGAGAGGACGGAGCUGGGAUAUCUCAUUUCCAAACUCCGGCUCGUGCGCAAAUCCUACAACAUGAAGUACACUUCCAUCAGAAGCCUUGGGGAAUACUGGUGUAAAGGCAACAACACUUGCUUUCAAGAUUUCGUCCAAGGAAAUCGAGGUCUUGGAUAUUUUAUGAAUCAAGAAGGACUGGAUGCUGUACCCUCACCACUUGACGAGGACCCAGAGGGGGAAAAAUUUUUCUCUGGCGGAUAUACGACCAGGCGCUACGGAUCAAGAUAUGGAGGGAAAAUUGACGCCAUUCAGCUGGAACUGCCGAUAGGGGUUCGUGACAAGUGGAAUGGUGAUGAUGCUUUGAAAAAUGCUUUCGCAAAAGCUAUCGUCCAAUUUUAUCAGACGAAUUACGACGCGUAAAAAAGCUGAAACGUUUUGUUUCGUGUAAUUUGUAAAAGGAUCCUUCCGUGAUUAAUAAACUCCUUAUUUACACUA